GACAGUCAAGACCAUAUAGUCGCGUUACGAAAAUGAUCCGCUUCACCGUAGUCAUCCUGGCGUUAGUCACUGUCUGUGUGGUGUCGAAGCCAGGUCCACGUCCAUUUCUCGGUGGAUGGAGGGAUGUCGACCCAAAGUCCGACCCGAAGUACUUGGAAUUGGCUCACUUUGCAGUGGGAUCGCAAACCGAGGGACUGGAAUACUACAAUACCGUCGUUGAAGUUACCAAAGCCAGCGAACAGCUGGUUGCUGGCAUUAACUACAGGUUGACACUGAAGGUGGCGCCAUCACUAUGCAAGGUCGCCGAAACAAAGUACAACAGGGAGAGCUGUCAGCCAAAGCCUGAUGCGGAAACGAAAGAAUGUGUGACCAAGAUAUACGACGUCCCUUGGGAGAACAAAACAGAAGUGACUUCCUUCAGUUGCUAAGCGUUCUCCUAGCAACGGAUAGGACGUACAGAAGGGGCGCCGGAUGAAGCUGAACAACAGCUGUCCUUCGAAGAUGAAGUGCACAAAUCCUCCUAAGCUACCUACGAGUUAUGCCUAAUGCCUAAUUAUAUGGGACAACAACGUCGUCAAUUUUAUAUAAUUUCCCCCUGUUCCUGUACGAUGCAAUUUCAUGAAUAAAUAUAGUUUGUGAACUGCUA